AUGGACCAAAAAAUUAAGUUACUAUUAUUUUUAAAAAUUUCUACUUUUAUACUUUUAAGUUGGAUAUGUAAUUUUUACAUUUAUAAUUUAAAAUAUAAUUAUUUACAGAGUACGCAUAACACACUUUUGGAUGAAUUCUGCAAACAUUGUAGAAAUUUUUAUACAAGAAAUUAUCGUUUACUUGGAAUAAAUAAUCAGAAAUGGGAUUCACAUAUUGUAUGUUUAAAAGAAGAGAUUCAAAAUAGAAAAUAUGUUAAAAAUGAUGCGUCUAAUAACGAAAAGGUGGGAGAAGAUAAAAAGGAACUAUUAAGUGAAAAUUUACCAUAUAAUGAAAAAGGCUGUAAAAAAGAUAAAAAUAAUAAAUUAUGUUUAUUUGAAACAAAUAAAUAUUCCUAUUUGGAAAGAAAAAUAUUUAAAGAACUUGAUUUUGAAGAUUUUCUUAAAAACAACAAGACAAUUAGUGGUAAGCUUUACAAAAAAAUAAUACGUAAAAAAUGUUCAUUAAGAAUCGCUAUUCCAUUUAUAUUGUUAUUGUUGUUAUCACUAGCAUUAACAGUAGAAUUAUCUUUGGGUUAUGGAAUUUCAAAUGUGCUAUAUUAUGUGUUUUAUCAAUCUCUUGGAAAAAGCGCAGUUGAUAAAAUUGGGAACUAUUUGAAGAAUGAUUCUUUCGGUAGUUUGUUUAAGCAAGUUGUAACCGUUGAAGGUAAGCCGAAGUCUGCUCUUGUUCAUAACAUGUUUAGUUUUCUAACAUAUUGCUCACUUUUUCUUAUAUUAGGCUUUGCAUUUAUAUCAGUGGUUUUUUAUUACCAUAAAAAAGUUAAAAAAUAUCAAAAAAUUAAGUUCAGGAAAGGUAAAAUAUAA